UUUUCCGCCCGUGCCAGCAGCUUGACGGGCGGGGCGGGUCCGAUCCAUCCUAAACGCAGCAAAAACGGCAGCCAAACCGCAUCCGGACAUUCUCCCAACGUCGACCAACAGCACUAUUUCUAGGACACUGCCGGAUUGGCUGCGUUUCACCUUCUGCUGGACUACACACCAUGUGAACCUUCUCCUCAAUUGUCCUUGGUUCAUCUAGAUAUCAAAGGUUGAACAGCAUCUGUCCAGGGUGCGGCGCAAAAGAUUCUCUUUCAUGGCAAACUACGCUAUGCGGAUAAUGAGAUUGCACAGCCGCCUUGCUUUACCCCUUGCUGGAAGCAGAUCACACUCCUUUCACUUUCACUCUUUUAUGUCACGAUCGUUCUCGACGGCCCAGUCUUAUCAAGCUGUCAGGCCCCAAAACAGCUUACCCGCAGCGUACUACCGUGGCGGAACCUCACGAGCUGUCUUCUUCAAGCAACAUGAUCUUCCCAAGAACCGGGGAGAGUGGUCUGACAUCUUUCGCGGUGUGAUUGGGAGCCCUGAUCCGCAUGGUCGUCAGCUGGAUGGCCUUGGUGGUGGCAUUUCGAGUCUUUCCAAGAUCUGUGUCGUCGGUAAAUCAUCUCGAGAGGAUGCAGAUGUGGACUACACCUUUGUGGCCCUUGGGAUCAAGGAUGAUGACGUCGACUAUUCGAGCAAUUGUGGCAAUAUGACCAGUGCAGUUGGGCCCUUUGCUGUCGAUGAGCGCCUGGUAGAUGUUCAGACUACUGGGUCAGACAACACAACAACAGUGCGGAUUCACAACACGAACACGGGAAAGAUCAUCCACUCAACGUUCCUCAUCUCAGACGACGGCUCUGAAGCUGCGUCAUCUGGAGAGUUCGCAAUCGAUGGCGUAUCUGGCCAUGCUGCAAGAAUACAACUGGACUUUGUUGACCCUGCUGGCUCACGAACUGGGAAGUUGCUUCCCACUGGCAAUCCUGUCGACGUCUUCGAUGGCAUCAAUGUGACCUGUAUCGAUGUCGGCAAUCCCUGCUGCUUCGUCAGAGCAGCAGACCUCAACGUCGAAGCUAACAUCACCCCCGACGAGAUUGAUACCCACCCGGUUCUUCUCUCCCAACUCAACAGUCUCCGUCGUCAAGCAGGUGUCGCCAUGGGAAUUGCAGACUCCCCCGCAGCUGUCCCCGGAAGCGUACCUAAAAUUGGCCUCGUGGGUCCUCCAGCAACUAACUCACGAGCUAUCUCACAAAACCAAACCGCCGAAACAGUCGAUCUGCUCAUACGUGCGCUCUCCGUCGGGCAGCCGCAUAAAGCCGUGCCCAUCACCGUUGCACUCUCCAUCGCGGCCGCUGCUCGCGUGCCUGGCAGUGUUGUCGCUGCCUGUGUUCAGCAGGAGCUCGUGGACCCCGCGGGCAUCACUGUAGGCCACGCCAGUGGAAAACUGCUCGUUGGCGCGCAAUUCGAAAGUGAUGGCCGCUUGGCCUGUGCGACGGUAUACCGCACGGCACGGCGAAUCAUGGAGGGCAGGGUAUUCUGGAAGUAGAACAUGUAGAACAAGAUGUGCAUGCGGCAUGUAAGGGCGUGGUUGCAGGGCCUGCAGAAUGUAGUGGCACCAAAAACUGUGUACGUGGGUAAGCACCUAAAACUCGCAAUACCCCGGAUCGGCAGAGGCGCGCGGCAACAUCAUGCGAGCUUUGGGGGAGAGGGGGGAGUUGUGCGACGGCCAGCGCAUACGUAUCCGCUUCUUAUGGAAGGUAAUGUGUGAGUGAGAUGGGAAAUCUGACGGUCAGAUGCUACCCCAUCUGUGCUUAGCACCGCCAGGACACCAAUAUAUCUUACGUUUCC